AUGGCUUCUGCUUUCGAUGUGACCAAGGCCCGUGCUCAAUUCCCGGCGUUGCAGGGGGAGCAGGUGUAUAUGGAUAAUGCAGGAGGAAGUCAAGUUCUGGGGACCGUGGCAGAUUCGAUCCGAUCAUACUUGCUGAACACCAACGUUCAGCUUGGAGCAACGUACCCAGUCGCCCGAACAUCGACGGCGGCACAAGCAGAUGCGUAUAAGGCCGCGGCGAGUUUCAUCAAUGCGAAGCCAGAAGAGAUCAACAUUGGCAUAUCAACAACUCAGCUCCUCCAUAACCUUUCCACAGCUCUCCAGUUCGCGCCGGGAGAUGAACUAGUGGUAUCCAAGCUCAACCAUGAAGCCAACAGCGCGCCUUGGGUCCGGGUUGCCGAGCGUCUGGGCCUAACGGUGAAGUGGUGGGCAUCCUCAGAUCCCACAAAUCCCACUUGUGAUGUCACGGAACUGAAGACGCUAUUGUCAGCGAAGACCAGGCUGGUGGCCUGUCCGCAUGCUUCAAACAUCACCGGCACCAUCAGUCCCAUUCGGGCCAUCGCUGAUGCCGUUCACUCCUUCCCUCGGUCAAUAGAUGAUGCUGAUCUUAUAGCCAAGGCCCUGCUCUGCGUCGAUGGCGUGGCUCUUGCACCUCAUCGCCAAGUGGACGUAAAAGCCCUCGGAGCUGACUUCUACGCAUUUUCUUGGUACAAGGUGUACGGUCCCCAUGUGGCCCAGCUCUAUGCAUCGGCGCAUGUGCACGACCAAAUUGACUCACUGGCGCAUUUCUUUAAGCCCACCGAUACGCUAGACCUCAAGCUCAACCUCGCGUCGGCCAAUUACGAACUGACUCAGAGUCUUCCGGCCGUCGUCGCGUAUUUCGGGGUCAACGCAAGUGCGACGUGGGUCGAGAUGGCCAGGCACGAGGAGCGCCUACAGCAGAUCUUGCUCCAAUUCCUGACGUCAGACGACCGGAUCACGAUCAUUGGGGAGCCCUCACCUCGUCAAGAUCUCCGGGUGCCAGUCAUCAGCUUCGUGGUCCGUGGUGUGAGGAGCCAGCAGGUGGUGGAGGCAGUCGAACGUCGGUCCCAGUAUGGGUUCCGGAGUGGCCACAUGUACAGUCACCGACUGCUCCGGGAAGUAUGUGACCUGGCCGAUGUGGAGGACGGGGUGGUCCGGGUGAGCUUCUUGCAUUACAACACUGAGGCGGAGGUGCAAGGACUCGUGACCGUCCUCCAGGCGGUGUUAGUGGAAAUCCUCUAA